AUGGAUUCGGAUAGUACUGUUCCAUUUGACAAUAGUUCUGAUUCUGAUUUGUCCGAUAAUUUAUCGGACAUUACUGAUGAAGAUAUUGUUUCAAGUAACAAUGAAAAAAACACAUCAGCAGAUGAAUCUGAUGUACCGUUGAUACAAAGAAGGAAAAAAUUUAUUGAAGAUUUGACUUGGACUGAAUCAGGUACAUUUUCUCCAGUUCAACAUUCUUUUUGUGAUUCAAAAGCAGGAGUUCAGUUGGUUAUAAAUGCAAAUAAGAAAAGUUCACCUGCUGAAAUUUUUAAGUUAUAUUUUUCUGAGGACAUUAUGGAAAUGAUUUGCUUUCAAACCAACAAAUAUCAACAGGAAACUUUAACAGCUCGAAUGGCAUCUGGAAAUUUAAAGAAAAAAUCUCGCAUUUUAAAAUGGGAAUCAUUGUCUCCAGAUGAGUUAUAUGUAUUUUUUUCUUUAAAAGUUUUAAUGGGCAUUAUUAGAAAACCAGAAAUUUCUAUGUAUUGGUCCUCUGAUCCUUUCCUAGAGACACCAUUUUUUAAAAAUUACAUGACUAUCACUAGAUUUUUAGAAAUAAGUGCAUUCCUUCAUUUUUCUGAUAAUGAAAUAGGUGGAGGAAAGUUAGACAAAAUUGCUCCUGUAUUCAAUGCGUUAGUCGAGCGUUUUCAGGAAGUGUAUAGGCCGGGUGAAUUCAUUUCUAUAGACGAAUCUUUAAUUUUGUUUAAAGGAAGGCUUAGCUUCACACAAUACAAUCCGCAUAAGAGAGCCCGAUUUGGAUUAAAAACGUACCAAUGUUCUGAAUCAAAAACAGGAUACGUUUACAACUGCAAAAUAUAUGCAGGAAAAGAUGAAAAUUCACCAAUGAGUAAGUUGAUAGGUAUUUCAGGAGUGACCGUCAAGUUACUAUUAGGUGACUUAGCUGGACAAGGUCGAACACUUUUUAUCGAUAACUGGUACAGUUCUCCAGUACUUUUCAAACAGUUAUCAGAUGAAAAAACUAAUGUUUGCGGCACUGCACGACCAAAUCGUUUGUACAUGCCAAAAAAUGUUGACACGAAAACAAUGAAAACAGGUGACAUGAAAGUUCUUCAUACUCCCAAAAUGAGUCUAACUGUAUGGAAAAACAAAAAGAUUGUUAGAGUACUUAGCACUGUUCUCCGACCUGAAAUGAGUGUUAAAUGGUACUUAAAAAUCUUUUACAGACUUCUUGACACUAGUAUCCUUAACUCGUAUGUUGUGUACAAAUCUUUUCGUCCAGAAAUGAAAAUGUCUUUUUUAGACUUUCGAACUCUGUUAGUAAAACAACUAAUUAGCUCUCAUGGCACACUAAUAAAAAAGCCACACGCAAGAAGAGUAGAACAAAGUCAAAACCUGUCUAGGCUUACAGCUAGACAUUUCCCAAUGAUGAUUUCGGAAAUUUCAGAAUUGAAAUCCGAAAGACUGAAUUGUUUCUUGUGCUACAAAAAAAACAAAAUUACAAAGACAAAAACGUUAUGUGUUGAAUGUAGGAAAAAAGCGCUUUGUCUUCCAUGUUUCAAAACCUAUCAUACUAAACUUGACUGCUAA